UUCUCUGUCAUUUGACUCUCCAGAUCUUUGUGUGUUUUCACUUCUCCGGUGCUUCUGCUCUCAUUUCUUUUAGGUAGGGAGAGGAAGAGGGGAAGAUUGUAGGAAAUCAUGGAAGGAAUUUUUAUUUGAAAGAAAAUCAUUAGUCUGGCUGCAUUUUGCUCUUCCCUUCUCCCCACCCAUUACACAUUCUCGUUUGAUCAGUCAUUUCUGGCUCGUACAUUGAGAACCCAUUUGGCUUCCUCUCUUUUAUUUUAUGGGGUUUUAGGGUUUUAAGUGUUUCAAAAUCUUAGUCUCAGAAAAUUCAGAAGGAAACAAAGACAUUUCAGGUUAUUUCAUUGAGGUAGACUAAGAGGAAGAAGAAUUUGGAGUUUUGUCUUAUAGUUUGAAGUGAGAGAUAUGGAGGAAAAUUCUUCGUCAACUAUUUUAGAUGGUGAGAUAACUGGUAUAAAGUUCUGCUUGGCAACUCCUAAAGAAAUUCUAACAUCAUCAAUAAGUGGCUUUCCUAUUAACCAUGUCAGUCAGCUCUCAAAUUCGUACCUUGGUUUGCCUCUUGAAUUUGGAAAAUGUAGUGCAUGUGGUACAGCUGAACCUGGACAGUGUGAAGGUCAUUUUGGAUAUAUUGAAUUACCAAUACCAAUAUAUCAUCCUAGCCAUAUCAAUGAAUUAAAGCGACUGUUGAGUUUGCUUUGCUUGAAGUGCCUACAAUUGAAGAACAAGUUUCAGAUUAAAAGUGGCAGUGUCGCUGAAAGAUUGCUAUCAUCAUGUUGUGAGUAUACUCCACAAGUUUCAAUCAGAGAAGUUAAAACGACAGAUGGUGCUUGUUAUUUGGAGUUGAAGCAGCCAUCUAAACAAUCAAAAACUAACUGGAAUUUUUUAGAGAGAUAUGGUUUCCGCUACGGUGACAGUCAUACUCGACCUCUUCUGCCUUGUGAGGUUAUGGAAAUACUCAAGAGAAUUCCUGCACAGACAAGACGAAAGCUUUCUGGGAAAGGGUUCUUCCCACAAGAGGGAUAUAUCUUGCAGUAUUUGCCAGUUCCUCCAAAUUGUUUAUCUAUCCCAGACAUUUCGGAUGGUGUGAGUGUUAUGUCGUCGGAUCUUUCUACAUCAGUGCUGAGAAAGGUUCUGAAACAAGUUGAGAUAAUAAAAAGCUCGAGGUCUGGUACCCCAAAUUUUGAAUCUCACGAAGUAGAAGCUAAUGAUUUGCAAUCAGCAGUUGAGCAAUAUCUUCAAGUUAGGGGUACUGUUAAGGCAUCGCGCAACAUAGAUGCGCGAUAUGGGGUUAACAAAGAUGCCAGUGAUUCUUCAACAAAAGCAUGGCUUGAGAAGAUGAGGACUUUAUUCAUCAGAAAGGGUUCAGGAUUCUCUUCACGUAGUGUGAUUACUGGGGAUGUAUACAAAAAAGUGAACGAAAUUGGUAUUCCAUCCGAAAUUGCUCAGAGAAUUACUUAUGAGGAGAGGGUCAACAUACACAACAUGAGAUAUUUGCAAAAUCUGGUAGAUAACAACUUGUGUUUGACCUACAAAGAUGGCUCCUCUACAUAUUCACUGAGGGAGGGUUCAAAGGGGCAUACCUUUUUGAGACCUGGUCAGGUGGUACAUCGUCGGAUUAUGGAUGGGGACAUUGUUUUCAUAAAUAGGCCACCAACCACACACAAGCAUUCAUUGCAGGCACUUUCAGUAUAUAUCCAUGAUGAUCAUACAGUGAAGAUAAAUCCCCUAAUUUGUGGGCCACUAAGUGCUGAUUUUGAUGGAGAUUGUAUUCACUUGUUCUACCCGCAGUCUUUAUCAGCAAAAGCAGAAGUUUAUGAGCUCUUUUCGGUGGAGAAGCAGUUGCUUAGCUCUCAUAGUGGCAACCUAAAUUUGCAGUUGGCUACUGAUUCAUUGUUGUCACUGAGAGUUAUGCUUCAGACAUCUUUGUUUAGAAAAGCAGAUGCUCAACAAUUGUCCAUGUUUCUCUCUUCAGCUUUGCCACAACCUGCUUUUUUGAAGGGUAAUCACGUUGGUCCCUGUUGGACAGCUUUUCAGAUUCUACAGACUGCUUUUCCUGCCUGCCUAGAUUGCUCCAAUGAUAGAUACUUAAUUGGAAAAAGCGAUAUAUUGAAAGUUGAUUUCAGUAAGGACUUAAUGCAGUCUGUCAUCAAUGAGGUCGUUGCAUCUAUUUUCUAUGAGAAGGGUCCAAAGGAGGCUCUUAACUUCUUUGAUUCUUUACAGCCUUUAUUGACGGAGAAUAUCUUUGUGGAAGGCUUCACUGUUAGUCUUGAAGAUUUUUCUGUCUCCAGGGAAGUUAUAGAAAACAUUCAGAAGGAUAUCCAGGCCAUUUCUCCUUUGCUUUAUCAGUUAAGGUCAACAUAUAAUGAAUUGGUCAAGUUGCAAAUUGAGAACCACAUCAAAAUAGCUAAAGCACCAAUAGCUGAUUUCAUACUAAAAUCAGCCUUGGGUAAUUUAAUUGAUUCUAAGAGUGAUUCUGCUGUCAAUAAGGUUGUUCAGCAGAUUGGAUUCUUGGGAAUGCAACUUUCAGAUAAAGGAAAAUUCUACUCAAAGACUUUGGUUGAAGAUGUGGCAUACCAAUUCCAAUUCAUAUAUCCUUCAGAUGCAGUCGAUUAUCCUUCUGCUGAGUUUGGACUGAUUAAAAGUUGCUUUUUCCGUGGGCUUGAUCCGUAUGAGGGCAUGGUUCAUUCGAUAUCUACUAGAGAAGUAAUGGUUCGCUCCACCAGAGGGUUGACUGAACCAGGGACCUUGUUUAAGAAUUUGAUGGCCAUCCUUCGUGAUGUUGUUAUUUGUUAUGAUGGCACAGUUAGAAAUGUCAGUAGCAAUUCAAUAAUACAAUUUCAAUAUGGACUAAGUGCUAGAACUAGACCUCAAUUCCCUGCUGGUGAGCCUGUGGGUGUCUUAGCUGCUACUGCGAUGUCGAAUCCAGCAUAUAAAGCAGUCCUCGAUUCAUCUCCUAGUAGCAAUUCUUCUUGGGAACUGAUGAAGGAAAUAUUGCUGUGCAAAGUCAGUUUCAAAAAUGACCCGAUUGACCGCCGUGUAAUUCUGUAUUUGAAUGAUUGUGAUUGUGGGAGAAAGUAUUGCCAAGAAAAUGCAGCAUAUCUCGUUAAGAAUCAUUUGAGAAGAGUCAAACUCAAAGAUAUUGCUGUAGAGUUCAUCGUUGAAUACAAGCAGCAGCAAACUGUAGCAGACAUAGAAGCAGGCCUUGUUGGGCAUAUCCUCCUCAAUAAGGCUCUCUUGAAGGAGUUAAGUAUUAGUAUGCAAGAGGUUCAUAUGAAGUGCCAAGAAACUUUUAACACAUUUCGCAAGAAGAAAAAGACUGCUGAUUUUUUUAGGAGGACAGAUUUGUUUGUCAGUGAAUGUUGUUCCAUCCAGCAAUCUUGUGCGGACAAAGGACUUGACAUGCCAUGCUUGAUGUUCUCUUUCCGAAAUACAAGCGAUGAUAAUCUUGAUAGUGCUAUACAAAUCAUGGCUGAUAUCAUCUACCCUGUUCUUCUACAAGCAGUGAUCAAGGGUGACCCCCGUAUCUGUUCAGCAAAUAUUAUCUGGGUUAACCCGGAUACGACAACUUGGAUAAGAAUUCCAAGCAAGACUCAGAAGGGUGAAUUGGCCUUGGAAGUUGUUUUGGAGAAAUCUGCUGUGAAGCAGAACGGUGAUGCCUGGAGGACUGUCAUUGACUGUUGUCUUCCAGUGCUAAACAUAAUUGACACCCAGAGGUCUAUACCUUAUGCUAUAAAGCAAGUUGAACAACUGCUUGGAAUUUCUUGUGCGUUUGAACAAGCAGUGCAGCGUCUCUCCACUUCUGUGUCAAUGGUGACGAGAGGUGUUCUAAGGGAACACCUCAUGCUCUUAGCUAACAGCAUGACAUGUUGUGGAAACUUGAUUGGCUUCAACUCUGGUGGUUACAAAGCACUAGUUCGCUCGUUGAAUAUUCAAGUUCCAUUUACCGAGGCAACGCUGUUUACACCAAGAAAGUGCUUUGAAAGAGCUGCAGAGAAGUGCCAUGAUGAUUCCUUGUCUAGCAUAGUUGCAUCCUGUUCUUGGGGUAAACGUGUGGCUGUUGGAACAGGUUCACGGUUUGACCUCCUGUGGAAUCAGGAGUUUGGAUCUGAUCAAAUUAGUGGGAUGGAUGUCUACAACUUUCUGCACAUGGUUAGUGGUUCUGGUGGAAGCCAUUCUAAUACUGAUUGCCUAGGAGAAGAAGUUGAUGAUCUAAUGGACAUAGAUGAAGUGGACGAGUGGUGUCUGUCUCCAGACCAUACAGCUGGUUUAGAUAAGCCGGUGUUUGAGGACGCAGCUGAUUUUGAGAAUACUUUUGAUGGCCAGCCAGCUAGUUCAAGUUGGGACAAAGUUGCGUCUUCAGACAAGGUGCCAGAUGUUGGUUGGGAUGCUUCUGCGUGGAACAAAAAUGCUGAAAAUGGUGACAAAUUUGCAGCAGCUGCGACCAGUCCGAAGAAGCAAAACGAGUGGUCUGGUUGGGGGGCGAGCAAAUCUAAAUCGCAAGAUGUUGUUCCUCCAAAAGUGGAUGUUGGUUGGGAUGCUUCGUCUGCAUUGAAUAAAAAUGCAGAGGACGGUGACAAUUUUGCAGCAGCUGCAUCCAGCUCGAAGAAGCAAAAUGAGUGGUCUGACUGGGGCACGAGCAAAUCUAAAUCACAAGAGCAAACUGAAUUGUCUGGUUGGGGAAGGAAAAAGUUUGAUAUACAAGAUGCCCUUCCUGUGGAAGAGAAGACCUUCAAGUCUAAUGGUUGGGAUUCUGGCUCUAGCUGGGGAACGAUGGGAAAAGAAUCUGAAAAACUUGAAUCUAGUGAUGCACCACAAUGGUCUGGUUGGGGGACAAAAGAUUCCAUCCAUAUGAAAACCUUGGACGAUUCUCCCAAAUCUAGUGGCUGGGAUACUGUUUCUUCUUGGGGGAAGAAGAUCACAGGAAAUGAUAACCAGCCAAACCAAGGGAGAGAAAAAAGCGGAUGGGAUAAUAAAACAAGUCAAGUAAAGCCAGGGCAGUCAACAUCUGGUUGGAAUAACAAAGCAACAGAAGUAAAGGUAGUUCAAUUGACAUCUGGCUGGGAUGAAAAAACUACUCCGGAAAAGGCAGUUCAGUCCACGUCUGGUUGGGUUUCUUCAGCUGCUGCAGGCUGGAAUAGGGAUGAGUCACCUACAAAAGGCUGGAAUAAGAAUAAUUCUUCAGACCAACAAAAGUCGUAUACAAUGAAUAGUUCCUGGGACCAUCAAAAGUCACCUGCAACUAAUAGUUAUUGGGACCAACAGAAGUCACCUGCGACGAAUAGUUCUUGGGACCAACAAAAGUCACCUGCAACUAAUAGUUCUUGGGACCAACAGAAGUCACCUGUGACAAAUAGUUCUUGGAACCAGCAAAAGUCACCUACGGUGAAUAGUUCAUGGGACCAACAAAAGUCACCUACAGCGAUGAGUUCUUGGGAUCAACAAAAGUCACAAGAAAGUUUGCAAGGUUGGGACACCCUUAAUGACUUAAACCAGCCUGCAAGUUCUAGUGGCUGGGACAUGCCAAAUGAUGAGGAUAACACUGAAAGUGAAAAGCAGCAUCAGUGGGGACAGACUAGGGGCUCACGUCGUUGGGCUUCAGAUGCUAGUAAGAACCGUCCAGUGAAGUCAGCUCGACCAAUGAAUGAUGAUUCCGGUAUGGCUGCAAUGUAUACUGCUACAAGGCAAAGACUAGACAUGUUUACUUCCGAGGAGCAAGAUAUUCUCUCGGCUGUUGAGCCACUCAUGCAGUCAGUCAGAAAAAUAAUGCACCAGACUGGGUACAAUGAUGGGGAUCCACUGUCCGCUGAGGAUCAGUCGUUUGUUCUUGAUAAUGUUUUCGCUCACCAUCCAGACAGAGCUGUAAAAAUGGGUUCUGGUGUUGACUAUGUUAUGGUAAACAAACACAGCAAUUUCACAGAUACCAGGUGCUUCUUUGUUGUCACAACCGACGGUCAUAAGCAAGAUUUCUCGUAUCUCAAAUGCCUGGAAAACAUGAUCAAGGUGAAAUAUCCUGAUUUGGCAGAAGCUUUUAAUCCAAAAUAUUUCCGAAAAUCUCGUUUUGGAGGGAAUCGUGAGCGAAGUGUUGCUCCGGAGAAUUCUCAAGGGAACCGUGAGCGAAGCAUUGGUCCGAAGAAUUCUCAAGUGAACCGUGAGCGAAGUGUUGCUCCGGAGAAUUCUCAAGGGAACCGUGAGCAACACUGGAACCAUGAGCAAAGCGUUGCUCCAGAGAAUUCUCAAGGGAACGGUGAGCAAAGCGCUGCUCGGGAGGAUACAGAGGGGGGAGAUUAGGCAGUACGCAUCUGUCUGACCGAGUGUUAACAUCAUUCAGAAAAGGGUUUAGGUAGACAUUUUGCUCUUUCCUGGUACAUUAAUCUUUUGACUUGUACAUAUAAAAGCAGAUGUUAAGUGUGUUUAUUCCCCUAAAAAAAGGUACUAAACUUCCAUAGAUCCUUGUAUGAACUUCCCUUUUUUAACCCCAAACAUGACCAGUUAAUGUAUUCUAGUUAUAGUGGUUAACUUAUGUCGAUUAGACUAUUCGAUUUCUCGAA